AUGAGCAUGCGUGUCGUUAGAGUCCGCCUCACAUAUCUGCGCAUACAAGACCGUCGCAAAUAUCAUCCCAAGACAUCAAAGUUCCAAGACGCCCGACGAAAAUUGAGCACAGUUUCCGAGUGCAAUAGCACUACCCUCGACGGAUUGGAUCUCGAGUCGAAGCUCAAUCGGCAUGACUCGGAACCGGAAUGUCCCAUCUGUAUCGGUCCACUGUUCGUCUCAAGCAACUGCAAUGCUGCCGGAGCAGUACCGACGCAAGGGAUCACCCUGAAGGCCUCCGAUUCCGACGCGGGAGACCCGAGCGAGGGCAGCGACCGCACCGGCACCGCCGGUGCCGGAGGGCGGGUCCGCUGA